AUGGCAUGUGUGGAGAUGGUGGGAAGUGUAUUUGAAGAGCAGAGCCCAAUGCUGGUGGUCAUGGAUGGAGAUGAAGAAGAAAAGCGUGCACGUGUAUCAAUAACUCGAUCUUAUUACCGCAACUCAGUUGGCGGAUUUUUAGUAUUUGACAUUACCAACCGACGAUCUUUUGAACACGUGAAAGAUUGGCUGGAAGAAGCAAAAAUGCACGUACAGCCAUUUCGGAUUGUAUUUCUGCUGGUGGGACAUAAAUGUGACCUGGCUUCGCGACGUCAGGUUACAAGGGAAGAAGCUGAAAAGCUGUCAGCAGACUGUGGCAUGAAGUAUAUAGAAACCUCAGCAAAGGAUGCCACAAAUGUGGAGGAAUCCUUUACAAUCCUGACCAGAGACAUAUAUGAACUUAUCAAAAGGGGAGAGAUUUGUAUUCAAGAUGGCUGGGAAGGGGUUAAAAGCGGCUUUGUUCCAAAUACGGUGCAUUCUUCUGAGGAAGCGGUAAAACCCAGGAAAGAAUGCUUCUGCUGACUUCCCACAGGCCAGAGGACUCCCGUGAACAGACUGGGUGUCAUCCCAGGAUCAAUACCAACGUUAACUUCAGCAGGAGACGCAAUGGCAGCAUUUAGGACACAGUUAUAAAUCGAUGCUAAUGCUAUUUUGUAAGGUAUUUAAUUCAGAGCGCUAUGCUUGCUGGUGACGCUACCAGAUUGGGGGUUGUGCUAAAUUAUCAGGCAAAGCAGACAACCUUUUCUUGAAACUGGAGUGUCUCCGGAAUGAUCCCCGUUCUCCCUUUGUUAGCACAUAGCUAACCUUAAUGUUCGCAUAUACCAAUAUUACUCAUUUUUCUUGACAGUUUGAAAUGGGUUUUUUGUGCAUAUAUAAUCUGAUCGAAAAGAUUCUAUCAGGAAUUACAUUCUCCUGAGCUCAUCUGUUAAUGCUGAACAGCAAAGUGGAUUUAAAAGUGCAGUGUUUGCUUACAAAGGAAACGAUCUCAGAGGUAUCAUCAACUAGGACGAAAAUAAUAAUUCCAUAUUUAAUGUGCCAGAUUUUAAACCAUUCUUUGAAAUAUUUAUCCUCCCUUAAUUUACCUGAACGUAAGAAAAUAAGUUUUAUCCUCAUUUUUGUUCUCUGAUU